CAGGGUUUGUCUGCAGGCUGUUGGUGUCGGCGUUGGUGUGCCGCAGGGAUGGAAUGCUGGGUACUGGGUAAUGAGGACCAGGAGUCUGGGUUUCCAUGCAUGUACAGAAUACAGAUUUACUCUUCACGACGUGCACGGCAACUGUCGUGUCUACUACAGUAUGCACUCGCCUACAGAGGGGAGGAAUACAAGGAUGCCGUGGACGGUGGAUGUUUCUGGGCCACCUCUGCCGACAGUCGACAGCGGGGAAGCGGUUAAUAAGUUUGUUAGUUAGCUUCCAAGGUUUCUUCUCCACAAUACGCUAAACAAAUAGUUACGCUGUACGGAGUACUCCGUACGGAGUAGUGCUUGCUGGGCAGUGAGCGGCGGUGGUUUGAUUCCGCGAUCAGACUUCACAUGCCCAGGUUCUUUGCUUGUCCCUCGGAUCUAUGGUAUUGCACUAGGAUAUGAUAAAACAGUGAAAUAUUCGCUGAUAUUAUUUUCUUUGAUAUUUUACUUUCGUUUCGAGAACUUUUUUUUUUUUUUUUUUUAUUCGAUUAUUCGUUUCGUAGAAUCCUGUGGCCUUUUAUUAGUUAUCCUUGUAUCAACUGCACCCCUUUCAAACUAAUAAUGGCAUCUCGCCGUUGGCCAUCCCGUGAAGGCUUCACAGCCGAUGUCGUAGGCCACCUCAUCAAAAGUACCGCCCUGGCCCCAUCUCUCACGCUCCCUCUUUACCUCCUCUCCCAAUACACAGCCAAGGGCAGAGCAGUUGCCGCAACCCGGCCACAGGGUCUCAGAGCUCUCAAGUACCUCCUAGCGAUCGGCCUCGUCCGCAGCCUCAAUGGCUUGAUAAACCGAUACGCCCUCAACCAUGGCACGUCAGACACGUACAACUGGAAACAAGAAAUCGCCAUCGUGACCGGUGGCAGUGACGGGAUCGGGCGACGGGUGGCCGUCCUCCUCGCCGCGCGCGGCGUCAAAGUGGCCGUGCUGGACAUCCAGCCGCUGAAAUACCACCCGCCCGCCAACGUGCGGUAUUUCCAGUGUAACAUCGCGUCCGUCGAAGCCGUCGCGGCAGCCGCCGCGGAGGUGCGCGCCGCGCUCGGCGAGCCGACCAUCCUCAUCAACAACGCCGGCAUCGCCUCGGGCCUGACGAUCCUGGACGGCACGGAGGACAGCACGCGCAAGCUCUUCGACGUCAACACGCUCUCGCACUACUGGCUGGCGCGCGAGUUCCUGCCCAAGAUGAUCGAGCGCAACCACGGGAUGGUGGUCACCGUUGCGUCGCAGGCCGGGUAUGUGGUUAGCGCGAACAUGGUGGACUAUUCGGCGACGAAGAGUGCGGCGGUGGCGUUCCAUGAAGGGUUGACGACGGAGCUGGUGACGCGGUAUAAUGCGCCGAAGGUGCGGACGGUGCUUGUGUCGCAGGGCUUUGCGAGGACGUAUCUGUCGCGCGAUCUGAAUGCGGAGAAUACGUUUUUUAAUCCCCUGCUGGAGCCGGAGACGGUUGCGGAGGCGUUGGUGCAGCAGGUGUUGACGGGGUCGAGUGGGCAUAUCAUGCUGCCCGGUUCGACGGGGUUUUUUGCUAGAACUCUACGAGUGUUUCCGUAUUGGUUCCAGAAUCGGAUGCGGGAUAAGUGUGAGAGGUUAAUGAGGCCGCCGAGUAUGAGGUAGGAGUGUAAUGGUUGUUGAGUGUGUGUGUGUGUGUGUGUGUGUGUGUGUGUGUCAACAAGGAUAUUGUCAGGGGUUUCCCAUGUAUGAGUGUGUUUGCAGGGAUCAAGAUGUCUUUUGCUUCCUUUUUAUAUAUCAGUUCCUUUACGUAAAUGCAUGUUUUGAUAAUUAUUUUAGGAGCAAUAAUAUCGAAGGACUGGAUCCGGAUUUUAAUCGUAUCCCUUGAGUAUCCCCUGAACGAGUCAGCUACUUGCACGCCUAUGAUAUGGGUUAAAAAGGUAAUCUAAUAUCGGUAAUAAACAUAACUGAUUCAACAGGCUUUUCUUUGAAAACCCUGUGAUAACGUUCUAUGCAGUCAGCAUAGAGCCCCCUAGACGACCAUAUCCAAACUGCGAAAGAGGGAUAGAGAGACAGGCACCGACGCACUCGAUACCCAAGGUUACGGCCAAAAAUGCCUCCUAUUCCACCGACCUGAAUAAAGCACUCUGAAAACAACAAAACCACCUACGGACACCACAACCAGCGCUGCAAACAUCCAAUACGAAGUCCAGAACCCAGCAGAGGAUCCAGCCUCAAUAGGUGUAGCUUCCGGGCUAGGUUUUAGUCUAUCACCCUCCCCAUCCGCCGGCCUUGCGAUGGGCGCUUUGAUCCAACCCCUUUGAUCAGCGGCCACGAUACCCUCAUGCCAAGCAUCCGCAAUCGACCUAUACCCGUCAUCAGUCGGAUGAAUACCAUCAGUAGCAUUAAUAUGUUGAGCGGUAACCCUCGCCAGAUCGACGAGGAGCACAUGUUUCCCAGCCCUGUUCCGUUGCGCUAUGACAGCGGGCAACGCGGCAUUAAACGCAACUUUGCGCGCUUCGCGAUUUGCGUCUAGCAUGGGUGGAAUGGUCGCAACCAACACGACGGCGUCCGGACAGGCCGCGACAAUAUCGUCGACGACGCGCCCGAGCACCGUUGGCGCGUCUUUCAGAUUGAUUUUGAAGACUACGUCGUUCGUGCCGGCGAGGAGGAGGACGAUGCUGGGGCGCUGGGCGUAGUUGGGCUUUCCGGUGUCGCCGACGGGGCCGAUGGGGAAUCCCUUGUGACCCUCAUGGCGGUUGUUGCUCAUGGAACCGUGCUUUUCACGGCCGAUGUAUUCUACCUUGUUCCCGCCGGAGAGAAGGAGGUUGUAGAGUGGUAAGCGAUAUCCAUUGCCAUCGCUGCUGCCUUGUCCGUAGGUGAUUGAGUCUCCC